AGCGACCUCAGUGUCAGUGUGCAAGUGUGCUCCACUUCACUUGAUCGCCCGCCCAGCCGUGACACGCUCCUCUAUUAAAGGGGACGCGAGCAGUGUGCACGUCCCGUCACGGGCAUCGCCCAUCGCUGUGCUGAGCUUGCAUUGAGCCGGCGCAAUGGCCACCACCUCCGCUGCCUCCGUUCUCGUCCUUCUGAUGAUGUUCGCCGCGGUCGUCCUGCCCGGGACGCUGGCGUCGAGCAACUGCCCCCCGCCGGCGCCUGGCGGCGGUGGCGGGCACGGCCCCCGGCGCCCGUGGUACCCGGCGCCCGGCAGUGGCGGCGGCUCCGGCUCAAGGCCUUACCCCGGCUCCGGCUCCGGCGGCGGCCACGGCAAGCCACCCCACCACGGCAAGCCGCCAAAGCACCACGGCAAGCCUCCCUCCAGCUGCCCGCCCUGCAACCCGCCGUACACUCCUCCGACGCCUCGGCCGUCGCCGCCUUACGUGCCGCCGUACACCCCGCCAACGCCGCGGCCGUCUCCGCCCUACGUGCCGCCGUACACCCCUCCGACGCCGCGUCCGUCUCCGCCGUACGUGCCGCCGACGCCGCCCUACGUCCCGCCGUACGUGCCGCCGUCGCCGCCGUACGUGCCGCCGACGCCGCCGUACGUGCCGCCGUACGUGCCGCCGUCGCCACCGUACGUGCCGCCGUCGCCGCCGUACGUGCCGCCGUCGCCGCCGUACGUGCCGCCGACGCCGCCCUACGUCCCGCCGUACGUGCCGCCGUCGCCGCCCUACGUCCCGCCGUACGUGCCGCCAUCGCCGCCGUACGUGCCUCCGACGCCGACGCCGACGCCGCCGGCGGGGCGAACGUGCCCGAUCGACGCGCUGAAGUUGAACGCGUGCGUGGACGUGCUGAGCGGGCUGAUCCACCUGGUGAUCGGGCGGGAGGCCAAGUCCAAGUGCUGCCCGCUGGUGCAGGGGGUCGCGGACCUGGACGCGGCGCUCUGCCUCUGCACCACCAUCCGCGCGCGCCUGCUCAACAUCAACAUCUACCUCCCCGUCGCGCUCGAGCUGCUCAUCACCUGCGGCAAGCACGCGCCGCCGGGGUUCAAGUGCCCGCCGCUCUACGACUGAUCGAUGAGCUGCCUGUAGGGAGAUCACCUACAUCGCGCCAUGCAUGGCGGUGCUUCCUACGGGCAUGUGAUGAUGGGCACUACUGAGGAUGGGAUCAUGCGCAAGCUAGCAGCAUGUCUACAACUUGUGUCGUCGUGAUUUCUUUUGGUGUUCUUGAGUAGUAUGUUCUUUCAUUCCCGUCAGGACUCAGGACUGGGAAUCGAAAACUUUUCGAUCUCCGAAGUGUGUAGCUUAAAUCAGUCGAUGCGUGAAUCAUGUCGCUCUUGUCUUCUGGCGAGACACGCAGCGGCAAGUAUUGGGUUGAUUUCCGUAGCUAUAUCAUUGUGCUCGACCCU